ACUUCCUUCUCACUAACGUUACACGCAUGCUUGUUUUGUUUACAUUUUUUCCCUUGCCACAUGCUUACCUCCAGCGAUGUCGGCUGAGGCGUCCCAACGCCCAGGUGAUGCCAGAUUUGACAUUCGGUGAUGCGUUCUAUCGAAAUGGGUUCCACCAAGGAUGAUUCCGGAAACUGCAUGGUGCUUCGAAGUGGCUACGAGAAGCGUUUUGUGGAAGAGACGGAACAGACGACAGAUUUGAGCAGAAGGGCAACGUCGUCGAGGUUGUCUGGAAAACUUUCCUCACGUUAUAUCAGUGGAGUUACGCACCUUUUCGAUCAGCAUGAGCUGGACCGUCGAUAUGAUGGGCGUCUCUCGCAGUUUACGCCGGAUUUGACUUCAACGCCUUUACGUUUUGCAUCUGAGACAAACUUUCUUUCGCGUGAGAGCUGUUCUGCGGCGUUUGGGAGUAUUCUGAACACCGGCGAAAGUGCACGAUCCAGUGUGACGAACAAGAGGGUGCACUUUGAACUCAAUGGUUCCUCCUGCAAGACAGAACAAAAUGAUGUUGCUUCUGUACGCUCCUAUUCCUUGCAAGGGGAGGUGAAAAGAAAUGGUACAAGCUGGAAUGGGUACAUAGGAUCCCAGCAGCUAUCCUCAGAGCAGCUUCUCACUCCAUUUACAAAAUUGAGACCAGAAGCUUCCAAGAAACAGGACAUGUUUUCAUCUGACGAGGAAGAUGUAACCGCCGACACCACAGGGGUUUCAAGUGAGAGUAAUGCGAGUUGUCGACCAGUGUACAUAAUCAGGGAUGCAGCAUCAUUUGCGAGGUUGUCUAGCAGGGAGCAUGCUGCCGGGACACGCCGGGACACGGGAUCUGGCAGGACGUCAUCGGAACAUGCCCGUUCGUGGCAGGUGGCCCCUUCCACUUCAAAUUCUAUCACAACUGUUGUGUCUGCAGUGUCCUUCUUUGUGUGGGGUACGGUCUAUAAAUUCAUUUGCUCUGUUCUGCUUUUUGAUGCUUGGCUGCUUUCAAGGUUCACAGAGAAGCAGAGACGACGGCUUGGUCUUCUUUUACUUCUCUUCCUCCUGCCAGUCGUGUUCUGGCCAUGUAUUUCACAGAAAGAGUCUUCAUUGUCUCCCAUUGCUUCAGCAGCCUCUGGAGCUGCAACUUCUUUUUGGGACUCUAUAGGAAAGGCCUCAAGUACUUUGGGGAGCUCCCUGAUUGGGAUUUCAUCCUUAUUUCGUGCACCGUCCCUUUCCCUGCCGUCGUGGCAUUCCACGGAUGACGUGGCUCCGAAAAUGGCAGCACAUACGGAGGAAGCGACGCUCCCGCAAGGCCAGUUAGGAGACGAAGAGCUGAGGAAUGUUGUGCGCGCAAUUGUUGCAGAACAGCUACGGAAGUGGGAAUCUGGCAAGAACUUUGUGUCACGUGAUCAGGUGGAGCAAAUGAGCGCACAGGUUGAAGACACACUCAAGGGCAAGCUGGACAGCGCGGAGGAACGCAAUAGAGAUGUCGCAGCAGAUGUUGAUCAACUGAAGACUAAGGUGGAAGAGCUCGGCACAGCCAACGCCGAGUUACGGUUGGUAGGUGACACGCUGAAAAAAUGCUGCCGCGACAACAAGGAGGUGCUUUAUAACCUCGAUGCCAAAAUAGCAGCAGCAGUUUUAGAGGUACUGAACCAGCCGUCUGCCCUGACUUCGGAAACUGCUUUCCACCAGUGGAUUCUUGGUGAGCUGUCGACGCGUGACUCUCGCCUGAGCGUCGCCCUCGACGACCUACGUCACCAAGUGGCCGCCGCAGCUGCAAAGUCUCAACAAGCAGACAUAGCAUCGCAGGAGGCUAGUAGACUGGCCAGCGAGACAAAAGUGGCGGUCGCCAAUGUUCGUUCGCAAGUUGGAAGUCUCACUGGCACUAGGGAUUGUCCAGAAGGCGGAGGUGUCGGCAACAUUGACGUGAAGAGCGUCGUCAGGGAAGCACUGAUGCUGUAUGACGCUGAUAAGACUGCAAUGCCUGAUUAUGCGCUGGAGAGCGCAGGUGGCAGUGUGGUAAAUACACGUUGCACAGAAACAUACGGCCGUGGCACCGCGCACUAUCAGGUCUUUGGAAUCCCCGUAUGGACAAUGACUCGAACACCUCGUGAGGCCAUCCAGCCCGGAGUGAGUCCAGGCGAGUGCUGGGCGUUCCGAGGUUCGCAGGGCAACCUUGUGCUUCAGCUGGCCAUGACCAUCCGCCCCACUGGUUUUACCGUGGAACACAUCCCGAGGUCUCUUGCCAUUGGUGGCAAUCUUGACAGUGCACCGAGGGAGUUCACAAUACUGGGUCUGGAGUCUGAUAAGGACUACCAAGGCAAGGUGCUGGGAAAAUACAUCUACAACAUCGAUGGCGACCCGCUGCAGUAUUUUGCAGUUCAGGAGUCGGACCCAGGCAGUUUCCAGUUUGUCGAGAUGCAGAUUACCAGCAACCACGGCAACCUGGAGUACACUUGCCUGUACAGGAUACGUGUCCACGGAGUGCCAUCGUCGUGAAGCACGUGCCCGAACGUUCUCGAGUGCCUUUCCCGCGUUUCUUCUUCUAGUUGCUGUUGUGUGGCAAAGGAGGACUGAAUUAGUUUCUGUGGCAUUCUAAGUUAUUAAGCAGAACCCGAUGCGAAAUGUUUAGUAGUACCUUCCAGUUUUGUUGCGAAAAUGAGCCUGGUUUGUUUGUACGUUGUAACCCUGUCGGACUGUGGAAUGUAUUCUCCGAGGGUGAACUUUGUCCUGCCUUCGGCCGAGGGCGGCUGAUGUGUGGGACGUCGUUGCCUUAUCUCAUCUGUGUCUUUCACUCAGGGGUGGGCGGGAAUAACCUCUUAAUAGCUUUAUCGUUUUUAUCCUUUUAUAGUUUAAUAUAAGUACGAUAUUUAACGCAAAAAAGAUAAACCUGGUAGUAUUUAAUUUUGAAUGCAUUAAAUAUUGUCGCACAAAUAGUGCUAUCGAACUGUGUCGAUAGAAAUAAGAGAUUGAUUGACAAUUUAUAUACUGAGCCUAAAUGAAUGGCGGCAACAAAUAGGAGUGUCGUCCAGCUUACACACCCUCGCUCCCGCUUAGAAGUGGGACAGCAGUGUUUGUAAGUGUACGAAGCUAUGUACCCGGUUUGUUUGUUCUGUUCACUCUUUUGAACUAACUUCGUUAAAAGAAAUUACUCUCUGGCAACCUAACCAGUAUCUGUAUGUGUAAUGUUCAGGACGUUUGCUAUAACUUUAUUUCCUGUUUGCCUAUAUCAAAUUUCAGAAACUAGUCUCAUAUUCAUUCAACAUGAAAGCUGCUCUUUGAGAAAGAAUUGUUAACUAGUUACUGGUUAACUGGUCAGUGAGUGACAACUUCUAUUUAAGUUGCUUCCCAACUUGCGACUGGUCCUGUUUUCUUUCUCUUUUUUUUUCUUGUUGCAACUUUAACCAGUGUCACAUUAUACCUUGUGCAAUUUGUUUUUGUUUGAAAGCCUUCUUGGCGAUACGAUUUCUAAGUUCAUGAUAGAGGGAGCUGCGCACAGUGUGUGUAGUGAUUGUAGCCAACCAGGUGCUGCGAGCCUUGGUAAAAUUCUGCACCUAGCUGCUAUUUGUGACGCAUGUUAUUGUUUGUGACACGGUCUUUCGAAAUUUUCCGGACCACACAGCACAGUUCCACAAGGUAAGGUCUUGUGUGAGCCCCCAUACAAUGUCUAUGACAAAACCAUGGUGGCUGAAGCACGGCCAGAAAUAUGUUGCUAUUUUUUACCAGUGGUACGGAUUCACGUGUUUGCAGAAUUCAACUCAUCUUUAGCUCUACAGAAUUUUUUGAAAGUUAGCAAUAUGUGGAUGGCUACAACACCCACUCUCUUUUGUGUGUUAUUUAAUAAUAAUCAUAGUAUUUUAUUUACCUUGCUUAGAUGUGCUAGAUGAAAUGUUGCUAUUGUUAAGUUCUUUGCAUAUCUUACUCUGUCUGGUGCACAAUUUAGCAGUUGAAUAUUUCUUGCAUUGCCACAUUCUACAUGUACACAUCUUGUGUCAUUCAAAGCUGGUAUCGAUGUCUUAUUCGUGGAGGACAAGAUAACAACCUGUUCAUUCCUAGAGGACAGUCCUUAUUUAUACAGAAGCACAGCGAUGCUGGUAAAUGUGUGUGAUACCAUAUGUGUAAAUAAUUCACGUCAACCAUCACCUCUUCACCAUCACAUCUCCAAGCAGUCAAGUGCCUUUGGUUUUUUGCACUUAUAUGUAUGGAAAGUUCGAUUUUGCGACCAAGAACACUCAAGAUAUUGGGGGGGGAUCAAUACGUUUGUUUUCAGAAAGUUUUGAAGACAUCUUCGAAGCCAGAGUGCCUGUAAAACGUUUGUUUCUGUAGAUUUUUUGUUAAAGCCAAAGUUUUUCAACUCUGUGUUAGGUCAUGUUGAGUUGCUUGCUUUAGCCACAGAGUUAGGCCAUGUAGUACAUGGUUGUGGUAUGUGAAUAAAGCAAUAAAGAAAGCGUUCUGUUCAAAA